UACCACGGCAAGUCAGCAGAGAAAGCCCCAGAGCUAGAAGCAGACUGUGAAAGGUGCAGGCACAGACAAGGUGCUAUCAGGUUCCCCCGUGUGAAAGAGAUCCAGUGUGGGUUGGCUGCUGACCAGUGGAAUGCUCUAGAAUUCUACACAGGGGAGUAGCAGGCUGGCUGGAAACUGGAGAGAAGGACUAAAAUCUUCCUCACCUCACCCCUUGGCUCUGUCACUGUGCUCACCUGAGGGUUACUCCACUGGGGUUAGAGUGACUGGGAUACACUGUCCAACUUGGCUGCCAGGAGUCCACUCUGCAAACAGGGUGGUGGUGGAGAGCUGAGAGGGUAGGAAAGGGUGCCUUUGUGAGCCGAACACUCUCCCCAAAGUGUCCACUGCACAUGAAAUGGAUGGUUCACUCCUGCAGUGGCAUGGCUAUGACUAGGGAGGGGUAAUUCUGGUGCUAAAACAAAAAUUGAGACCAGCACAGAAACAGCCAGCCGAUAAGGCUCAUCAUAGACUGUCUACCACUGAUGCUGAUGGGCCAGCCCCGCCCACUAUGGGGCACCUUUCCACCCUCUCCCUCAGGCUGCCCUGUGCAGUUUCCUCUCCUCUUGAGACUGCUGCAGUGCUGGUGCUCAGUGAGGGAGGGCAGCUGUGUGGUUUGCUGUGCCAUCUGGAGGUAACUGACAACAUAGGACAGCAGAGGGAGCUUCCUCAAACAGUACACGACGCUUUGCUCAUCCCCCGGUUUAAGUAUUUCUGAACAUCAGAGUUCUCCAUCAAGUAAAAGGAAGUUGGAAGGGGAAAUGCCACCUCUGUGACAUAUCACCCAAAGAAAAACGGAGUGACUUCCCAUUAUUUUGGAGACAGCGAGAAAAGAACAUCUCAGAAGUGGGGCCUCAUUCUUUGAUUUUUAACACGAGAAAAAGAGGAAUUGUUCUUCAGCAAGUGGCGAAUAUAAAUCCACCAUCUUUUAUACUCAGGAGUUUGGACACCCAGUACACCAUCCAGCCUCUCCUCAGUGUGUUCUGCAAACAUCACAGGAGAACCCUCUGUGUGGAGCAAUUGAAUUGUCUUCUGCUUCUGCUGGGUGUUAACUGUGAGGUGCUCAGUUCUCACUUGGCUUGAAAUUAUUUGCUUUGGUUUUCCGUCCUCCUCAGCAGAAGCCAUGGGUCACACACUGAAGUGGGGAACUCCACCACCCAAGCGCCCAUCCCUCAGGCUUUUUCAGCUCUUGGUGCUGGCUGGUCUCUUUUACUUCUGUUCAGGCAUCAUGCAGGUGACCAAAACAGUGAAAGAAAUAGCAGUGCUAUCUUGUGAUUACAACAUAUCCACUGAAGAACUGACAAAAGUUCGCAUCUAUUGGCAAAAAGAUAAUGAAAUGGUGCUGGCGGUCAUGUCUGGAAAAGUGAAAGUGUGGCCUGAGUAUGAGAACCGCACCUUCACUGACUUCACCAGUAACCUCUGCAUUGUGAUCCUGGCUCUGCGCCUGUCAGACAAAGGCACCUAUACCUGUGUCAUUCAGAAGCCUGAGCAAGGGACUUACAGACUGGAGCACCUCACUUCGGUGAAGUUAUUGGUCAGAGCUGACUUCCCUGCCCCUAGUAUUAGUGACCUCGGAAAUCCAUCUCCUGACAUCAGAAGGAUAAUCUGCUCAACCUCUGGAGGGUUUCCAGAGCCUCACCUCUCCUGGUUGGAAAAUGGAGAAGAAUUAAACGCUACCUACACAACACUUGCCCAAGAUCCUGAAACUGAGCUCUACACGAUUAGCAGUGAACUGGAUUUCAAUGUGACAAGGAACCACAGCUUCAUGUGUCUUGUCAAGUAUGGAGACUUAACAGUGUCACAGACCUUCAACUGGCAGAAAUCAGCCAAACCAGCCCCGUCCGCUAAUCAGCUCCUGCCCUGGGCCAUUAUUAUCCCGAUCUCAGCAUCUCUGAUCAUUGCACUAAUACUAGGACUAGCAUGGCUGUUCUGCAGACUUGCUGCAAGACAGAGAGAGAGAAGGAGGAAUGAGGAGAGCUUGGAAAUGGAAAGGCUCUCUCCAGUCUGCAUAGGACGUGUGGAAGGAUCGGGCUGACCAGAACACAUGGAGGUCCCACCUCCAUCUGAGAUUGACCUCUUCUUGAAUUUCCUCAAAUGACCAAGAUUAUUGCAUCUCGCCCUUCAUGUACCUGUUCUCUGGGAGCCUCUUCGUACCAGUGGCUUUGCAGAAAGUGAUCAGAGGAAUAUGGUGGGGUCAGAAGUAGAUCUGGUGACUCUGACCAAGGAUUUGAAAACAGAAUUCCUUAGACCUGGAAGAGACAUUUGUGAAUACUAGUUUUACUAAUGACAAGGAUAUCGGAGUCCUGGGAGGUAACUUGAAUUGUAAAGACCAGGGCUAGAACUUAGAUUUCCUGGCUCUGGUGCUUUUCCUUCAUCAAUCCAUCUCUGUGCUAUUAACUGGUGUGUGUGUAUACACACACACCAGUCAUAGUGCUUCUGGAAACAGAAACUUACCAUCAUCAAGGUCAGCUUCAGAGAUGAUCUGAUGCAGGACUGGAGAAGGAUGCUAUUUUGUUAAAAGCAACCUAAUGCGAAUGUGUGGGAAGUAUGUGGUGUGCACACCAAAUGAGGAUAAUGGAAAUAUUACUGGUGUUUAGUUAGCAGUUCAUUUUCAUUGUUGCUCUCCCACUUCUCUACCAGGUUCAGGAGGAAGCAGAUCCAGCUAAAACCAAUUUCCUCUGGCAUGUAAGAGGAAUGAGUUAUACACAUCAAAGUAACGGUCAGAUUGGAGAGGGAUGGUUUACAUUCUACUGGUUCACAUUGGACUGAUAAUCUCCUUAAAUGGCUUUAUGCUAGUUUAGUCUCAUUUGUAAAGUAUUUAUGACAAAGUUCUCAUUUAAAAUGAGACAGAUCAUCCAUGAAGAGCUCAUCUGACUGACCCCAAGGCCACCAGCUUAACUCCUGAGGUGCUCUGUAGGUAGUAGAGGCUGGCAGAGAGCAGACUCAAGUCCUCUUUAUAGGGGUGGCCCAAAUGUUGUCACUACAAAGCCUCUAAGGAUCCCUCCAUUGAAAUGGAAUAUUGUGCAGGGUACAGAGGCACCAUGGUACUGAUCUAGUGGGAGAUCACCCAACUCCACUUGGGCCUAAGCCCACAGUGCAACCUAGACCUAGAAGCACAAAGAAAUCUAAUUGUGGACCACCACCCUGUAACUGAGGUACAGUGUAGCUUUUGAAAAUUCAAAAAUAUAAUACCUCUAGGGACAAAAAUAAAUGAUGUUCCCGCUCCAAAAAUUAAACAAUAGAUUAAAUUAUGCUAUAUAGUCUAAGAGACAGGCUGUACCCAGAACAAAAUUACUUUAGAAAAUAAAGGUAGUGAAUUGACAAGAUCUUAAAGCAAAGAAACAAAUAACAAGAAAAAUCCAGGAAUUGCUGCAUUUAGUUAAGUCAGUACAAUCCUUGGACAUGAUCAAAAGUUCUUAAAAAUUCACUACAAAACAGUACAAAUCUAAAAAA